GGCCCCUCACUCUCUCUGUGACACUUCAGCAGCAAUCAGCUCAAAGCUUCAAACCACUUGUCUCUCCAAAACCUAUUCUUUUCCCGAGCAUGGAGAAGCUGAAAUCAGUGAUCCCUGAAACCCUCAAGCAAAAAAUCUCAGACAGCACCGCCGCGGACCUCAAUUCUACAUGCUCUUCUCUGCUCGAUUACUUCAGAAAUUUGCCCCUCUUUCACCAGUUGGUCAAGGAUUUGACAGACCCGAAAGUAUCGUUGUGCGGAAAGAAUAAGGAAGCUGCGCUUGUAGCCAAGGCCAAAGGCAACCAAUGCUUUUCUAAUGGGGACUAUUCCAAUGCGCUGCAUUUCUACUCUCAGGCAUUGCGCAGUGCCCCAAUGGAUGUUGAAGAUAAUGAGAAAAACCUGGUUGCGACACUGUACCUCAAUCGUGCUUCCUCGUUACAUAAAUUGGGAUUAUUUCUGGAAAGUCUGCAGGACUGCACUCAUGCCCUCAUAAUAUUUCCAGUAUAUGCAAAGAUAUGGUUCAGGAGGGCUAAGGCCAAUUCUUCAUUAGGAAACUAUGAAGAUGCUAUCAAGGAUUUCAGUGUUUCUCUAAAGUUGGAGACAUCAUCGAGUGGAAAAAGACAAAUAGAAAGUGAACUAAAUCUGUUACUGGGCCAAUCCAGGCUGAGAAGUAGUGCUACUGCUACAGAGUUACGACAUGACUGUAGCACAGAUGAACCACUUGAAAUGGAACUCCAGUGUGUCUCAACACCACGUAAAGGAAGGGGAAUGAUUUCAUUGGCCAACAUUCCUGUGGCUUCUUUAGUUUAUAAGGAAGAUCCUCACGCCGCGAUUAUAUUGAAGCAUUGUCGGGAAACUCAUUGUGCUUUCUGCUUCAAUGAACUACCAGCAGAUACAGUGCCAUGUGUCUCAUGUUCAAUUCCAUUAUACUGCUCUUUGAAAUGUCAAGUUCAAGCUGGAGGAGAGAAUUUUCCAAAGUAUAAGACGAAAUAUGGAUUUAAACUGGACUUAUCUGAUGACCUUGAACAACAUAUGAGAAAUGUGACUUCGCCUGGCUUUUGUAGUUCAGAUGCCAAACAUUUUGCUGAACAUAGGCAUGAAUGUCAAGGUAUGCAUUGGCCUGCAGUUUUGCCAUCUGAUGUGGUUCUCGCUGGCCGGAUCCUUGUUAAGCACAUAGAAGAACAGAGUUAUGGUGGUCUUGAUUAUAAAGUUAAUAAGAUUCUGGAUCUUUGUCAGAAUUAUGGACAGCUUUCCUCUGAAACCAAACUGGAGUUUCAUGUUUACUCUAUAAUUCUUCUGUGUUGUCUUCAGCGGUUUUAUGCCACAAAACUUCCUUUAAACUCGACCAUAACUUCCGAGAUUAUUACGCUUCUCUCUAAAAUCAGGAUCAAUUCAAUGGCAGUUGUCCAAAUGAAAUAUUCAGAUGUAAAGCAACCUUUAGGUUAUGGUUUAACAAGUUCGGUAGAACAGAUUCAAGUGGCUCAAGCUGUAUAUCCUGGCGGAAGUUUAUUUAACCAUUCUUGCCAGCCAAAUAUUCAUGCAUAUUUCCUUUCACGUACCUUGUGCAUACGAGCAACAGAAUAUGUUGCUGCAGGAUCAGAACUGGAACUCUCGUAUGGCCCUCAGGUUGGGCAGUGGGAUUGUGGUGAGCGUCUUAAGUUUUUGAAAGACAGAUACUCGUUCAUAUGUCAGUGCAGUGGUUGUGCACAAUUGAAUCUAUCUGAUCUUCUCCAUAGUGGUUAUCGGUGUAUCAAGCCAAAUUGUGAUGGAGUUGUGCUGGACAGUAGUGUCGUUAAAUAUGAAAUGGAAAAGAUCAAACACGGUGAAGGACCUAAUUCUUUGCAGGACAAUGUGCCUAGUGAUGAUAGAAUCAGCAAGGUAGCUCAUUACAUGUUUGAGCACACUGAUUACCGCUGCCUUGGGCCAGGAUCUUGCUUGGGUUGUGCGACUUUUUGUGAUUUACAAGCUUCAAAGAAAUCAAUUACCAAAGCUGAGAUCCAUAUCCAAAGGAUGAAGGAUGCAGUGGCUUCUGGUGCUCUCACAACUAAUAUUCUCAUGGAUGCUUUGAGAUAUGUUGAUAUAUUAAGGGCAGUAUUACAUCCUUUCAACAAAAGAAUUGCUGAGGUGGAAGAUAACAUUGCACAAGCAUUUUGUUUGAUUGGAGAUCUGCAAGCUGCAACGGACCAUUGUCGGGCUUCAAUUGAGAUACUGGAGAAGCUCUAUGGUGAAAGCCAUAUCGCCAUUGGAAACGAGCUGAUUAAACUAGCAUCCAUUCAGCUUUCCAUGGGCCAAGAAAUUUUGUCGGACUACACAACUCGGAUCGUUGCAAUAUUUUCUCGAUACUACGGAGCUCAUGCAGAGAUCAUGUUUCCACAUGUGCAUUGCCUUAAGAAGGAAAGCCGCAGAGUUGUUUGUUGGAACCAGAGCCGGAACCUUGGUUCGAACCGCACUGUGUUCUUUUAGAGGGCCUGUUUGGUUCGCACCGGAUCCCAGCCCGUGAACACCUUGUACUUGAUAGUAGCACAUAGUCAUUAUAGAUAGCUAGGAUGUUUAUUUCCUCUGUCAAUUUGAUCGAUCAAAACAGAAUUAGAUCAUAAGAGAGACUAGAAACAUGUGUUUUGCUCUACAUUUGGGUACUGGAUAACAAUGGUGAGUGGCAUGAAAAUUCGCAAUAUGAAUCAAGUACAAGAUAGGACGACAUUUCAAUGAUGGCUUAUACCCCCUUUGUUUCA